CCACGUGACCACCGCGCAGAGGCCUAGUGUUUGUGGAGCCAGAGAGACACAGAAGAAAAAUGGCGGCUCUCGGCGAACCAAAACGGGGCGCCGGGCUAACAUUGUGAGCUUCCACUCCCGACAACACACAAGGGGGGCCGCGGGCUCGGAUGAUCGCUCCGGCAUCGCAGGGGGACCGCUUCGGUGCGCUAAGCGGACGCAAUCGUCGGGCUCGGGAAAAGACUAGACUUGGCGGAGAAUGAGAGGCAAAAGAGGCAGGCCGCCCAAAGCGCCGCUGCCGACCGAAGACACCGCGGCCAACGCGGCCACCAGCCGGGGCCUGCGGCCGCGGAGGAACAUCAAGCCCCGCGUCCGCGACAGCGGGGACGAAGGCGCGGAGAGCCCGGUGCGGGAGGCGGCCAAGCCGAGCCGCAAAAGGAAGCGAGGUUCCGUGGUCGCCAAGCGGGGGAGAGGACGAGGCAGAGGCGGCCGCGGAGGACGAGGCGGCGGCGGCGGCCGCGGAGGGAGGAGGGCGCCCGGCUACAACAAGGCGGUGGUCUACGACGACCAUGAGAGCGACGAGGACGACGACGCCGUCAGCCUGAGGUCGGAGGAGGACGACGACGAGCCGGCCGAGGAGGAAGCGCCGUCCGAGGACGAGGCCCUCAAAGCGGACUCGGACUGCCUGGAUGAUGUGCUGGAGGACGGGGAUGAUGCUAGCGACUGCACGGACUCCAGCUUCCGCAGCCACAGCACGCACGCCAGCACUCCCGGGAAGAAAAAGGCCCCCCGACCUCGCACCCCCAUCCUGGAGGAGAAGAACGUUCCCCCUCUGGAGCUGCCAGAGUGUUCCGAGGACCUCCUGCUGCCGAGCGAGGAGCUGCUCAACGCCACGUCCAUCUACGAGGUGCUGAGCAACUUCAGCACGGUGCUGCGCCUCUCGCCCUUCCGCUUCGAGGACUUCUGCGCGGCGCUGGCGGGCCAGGAGCAGUGCACUUUACUCGCCGAGACGCACAUUUCUCUCCUGAAGGCCAUCCUGCGCGAGGAGGACUCCUCCAACACCACCUUCGGCCCCGCCGACCUCAAGGACAGCGUCAACUCCACCCUGUACUUCAUCGACGGCAUGACGUGGGCGGAGGUGCUGCGCGCGUACUGCGAGAGCGACACGGAGUACCACCACGUCCUCAAGUACCAGGAGGCGGACGAUUACCCCUUCGGCGCGGUGGCGGGUAAAAUCAAGGUGCUUCAGUUCUUGGUCGACCAGUUCCUGACCACCAACAUCGCUCGCGAGGAGCUGAUGUCCGACGGCGUCAUGCAGUACGACGACCACUGCCGCGUCUGCCACCGGCUGGGCGACCUGCUCUGCUGCGAGACCUGCUCGGCGGUCUACCACUUGGAGUGUGUCAAGCCGCCGCUGGAGGAAGUCCCGGAAGACGAGUGGCAGUGUGAGAUCUGCGCGGCGCACCGAGUACCCGGCGUUACGGACUGCGUGACGGACGCGCAGAAGAACCGGCCUUACAUACGCCAGGUGCCCAUCGGAUACGACCGCCACCAGAGGAAGUACUGGUUCCUGAGCAGAAGGAUUAUUGUUGAAGAAGAUGGAGAACAGGAGAGAAAAAAGAUAUGGUACUACAGCACCAGGGCCCAGCUGGAAGAGCUCAUGGAGAGUCUGGAUAAGGAGUACUGGGAAAUGGACCUUUGUGCCACCCUGGAGGAGAUGAAGAAGGAAGUCCAGGCCCACAUGGACAUCACAGAGGACUUGACCAGUAAAGCUCGUGGAAACAACAAAGCCUACCUCACGGCUCUCAAUGAGGUGGUCAUGGAACGAUUGAAGGUCAGACGGGAAGCACAGAAAGCCAAGCAGCAGCUGGAGGUCAAAGAGCAAACUGAAACAAGUUCUGGACCGGCAGCAGAGGGUUCUGCCACAUCCCAGUUGGACAAUGGAGAGCAUAAAGAAGGUUCUUCGCCAGCCUCAGCCAUCAUUCCACCUGCUGACCAGGAGAGCUGCGUGUCUGAGUCCAAGUGCACUUCCACCGCCCAACAUCUCCAUGGGAACAAAGAAGCCCAGGAGAGUGGCCCGUCCUGUCCUGUGGUGAACCAGACAACAGACGAGAAGUGCAACGCUGAAGUAAGCGACGAGUCCACGCCAACACAGAUCCAAGAUCAGCACCCAGCCCCGGGUCCUCAGGUCCCGGACUGUGCCACUCUGAGGAAACCGGAGCAGCCGGACCUGUUUGAGAGGUCUUCUCGGUCCUCUUUCACCAGCCAAGACGGGACAGAGGAGUAUAACGCCAAUCUCAGGAGCAACAGAGCAAGUUCCACACCGCGGGAGUUUUGCAGCCAAACACCGCGAGGCAGCAAAGAGUCGUCCCCCGUGCGCUCUGACGGGGCAGCUUCAUCGCCGGUCUUUUUCAAAAGCGAAGCAUUGAACAUGAACAACCUGUUCAAGCUGGGCCAGGAGGGCAAGUACCGGGUCUACCACAACCAGUACAGCACCAACGUGCUGGCCCUCAACAAGCAUCAGCACCGCGAGGACCAUGACAAGAGGCGGCACCUCUCCCACAAGUUCAGCCUGACCCCCGCCUCCGAGUUCAAGUGGAGCGGUUCCAUCUACGGCUCCCGCAGCCUGACUGUCACCACCCUGCGUCUCACCAUCAUCCAGUUGGAAGUGAACGUCCCCCCGCCCUUCAUGCACCCCAACUGGGCAUCACACAGAAGCAACUGGAACAAAGCAGUACAAAUGUGCAGCAAGGCCAGGGAAUUUGCGCUGGCACUGGCCAUCCUGGAGUGUGCCAUCAAACCAGUGGUCAUGCUGCCCAUAUGGAAGGACUCCCUGGGGCACACAAGGCUGCAUCGCAUGACCUCCAUGGAGCGCGAUGACAAAGAGAAGGUGAAGAAACGGGAGAAGAAACUGGAGGACGAGGAGACGCUGCAGCAGGCCACGUGGGUCAAGUACACCAUUCCCAUCAAACAUCAGGUGUGGAAGCAGAAGGGGGAGGAGUACAGAGUGACAGGAUAUGGCGGCUGGAGUUGGGUCAGCAAGACCCGUGUGCCUCGUUUUGUUCCCAAAUUACCGGGAAACACAAACGUAAACUACCGUCAGGAACUGGAAGCCAAGAUGCGCGAGGAGCAGGCCUGUAAGAAGGAAGAGGGCAAGAUGGAGACGGCAGCAGAGGACAAGCAGCAGGCCUCCAUCAGUGCAUCAUCUCAGGGCUCCGCUGCAGAACAAGACCGCUUCUCCAAAGAGCAAGUGAAACCCACAGGGCAGGAGCAAGAAAAGACAGAGGUCGAGCCCUGCCUUAACGCUCCUUCUAAUGAAGAAAAAGAAGAGGUUGAAAACAAAGACCGAUCUUCGUCCGCUGUUCAGCCUGUAAAAGAAGAGCCCAUCCAGAAAAGUCACCAACCUAACGAGAAGUCCGCUGCCCCGGAGCCUUCGUACGAUGUUGUCAACGUCAGCGAAGGAUUCCAGUUGCGGACGGCUUAUAAAAGGAAGGUGAAGCCCUCCAAACUGGACGGACUGCUGGAGCGGCGUGUCAAACAGUUCACCUUGGAGGAGAAGCAGAGAUUGGAGAGAAUGAGACAAGCGGCCUUCCUCUCCAAAAUAACCGCCUCGAAGUCCGCGUCUGUGGUGAAGACUGAAGGAUCCGCAUCAUCCAAACAACUGCCUGCUGCCAGCCCGUGCGUCAAAGGUGAAGGAGACAAGGACCCACAGAAGAAAGACCCUGUGGUCAAAAAGCUGGACUUUGAGCAGGAAUGCAGCAGCCUAAAGACAAACACGGACGUCAAAUUGGAGUCCACAGACAUCAAACCCAGCGUGCAGGCAGAAUCUAACCUUGUGCGGGAGGACAGUGGAGGGACUGCGGCGCACACAGAAGUGAACGGAGGAAGAGUUGGGCUCAACUUUAACACCAACUUUAAAUCAGAAAGUCAGGCCAAAACUGAGAAACAAGAGGUGGGUCCAGUGGGAGACAACCCCAAGAAACGUGGCCAUGAGGCGAUGGAGCAAGGCAGUGAGAAGACAGACUUUAGUAAGACCAACGCAGAGCAUGUGAAUGGAGAAACUGUCCCCAGUGCUCCUUUGGAUUCAAACUCCGACCUCAGCGUUCCGCUCCCCAGUGAUAGCAAAGAGCCUGUUAAGACUCUAAUGAACGGAAACAUCUCCCAGAAUGACGGUUCUUACGACGGUCAACCACCUCCUUCAAAGGUCCCAAAAUUAGAGAAUCACGUGGCUGAGAAAGCCGACCCUAGAACUGCUGUGAGUAGUCACGAUCGGGAUGUACUUGCAGUACCCACUGAUACUCAAUCUUCAAGUCAACCAAGGGCCUCCUGCCUCCGUAGCAGUGGCAAUGGCAGUCAUACCACCUCCACGCAGUCUCAUAACCCUCAGACCGUAACCUGUGGAGCAGCAGUCCCGCAGAGGUCCAAAUCCGCUACUGGUCCAAAGCAGGCCACCCCAGCUUCAGCCAUGACCAUAAGCAAAGCCUACACCACCAGUGACCGGGUCAGUCUUCUCAAGUUCUCCAAAUGUAAGAAGGCCCGCUCGGGCACGGCGCUGCCGUCCUAUCGCAAAUUUGUCACCAAAAGCAGUAAAAAGAGCAUCUUCGUCCUGCCAAACGAUGACCUGAAGAGGCUGGCGAGGAGAGCGGGCAUCAGAGAGGUGCCCAUCUUCAGUUACAAUGCCAAGCCAGCCCUGGACAUAUGGCCCUACCCUUCACCUCGGCCCACUUUUGGAAUCACAUGGAGGUACCGUCUCCAGACCGUGAGGUCUCUGGCAGGAGUCAGCCUGAUGCUCAGGCUCCUCUGGGCCUGUCUCAAGUGGGACGAGAUGGCUGUGAAGCCCUCUGCAGCCGUGGGUCUAACGCGGAAAGAAACCACAGACACCGACGUCACCACCACAGAAAUCAUCAAACGCAGGGACGUAGGCCCUCACGGCAUCCGCUCGGAAUACUGCAUCAGGAAGAUCAUCUGUCCCAUCGGUAACAGGGACACUCCCAAAGAAACUCCCACGCCACAGAGAAAGGGCCUGCGAUCGAGCGCCUUGAGGCCCAAGAAGCAGGAGUCCAAAAAGCCGACGGGGCCAAUCGCCGUGGAGACGUGGAUUGUUGAGGAAGAGCUGGAGUUGUGGGAGAUCAGAGCCUUUGCGGAAAAAUUGGAGAAGGAGAAGUCCCACGGACCAGAUGCCUCCAAGACCAGCAGCACCCUGAAGACCGCGGAGGAAGUCAAGGCCCAUCUGGAGAGUCAGCUGAAACAGGCUCGACAGGCCGCCCAGCAGAAACGCUUCGAGCAGCAGAGACUGUGUUCAACGCCGCCCGUGCCCACAGUCACAACCAUCAUCACCACCACCACCACCACUUCUACCAGUACGCCCGUGUCCACGUUCCAGAGGACAGGUCAGGUCACAUCAGGGACCAAGAUGGUCUUGGCCUCCAAACUGGCCUCCCCGGUCCCCCCGCAGCAAGACAAGAACUUCCACCAAUCCUUUGCUUCCUGGGUCAAGGAGGGUCAGACAAACAGCACAACAGCAGUGCAGCAGAAGUGCAGCAGCAGUAUAUUCCCGUCCGGGCCCCCGGCCAACCUGAGGACGUACAGCACACUCCAUCCCACCACCGGCAACAUCAACAUCAGGGCCAACAGCUCGGCCUCCACUCCUCCACAAAUGGUGAAAGCCGGAAGCCUCACACAAGCUGGCACGGUGGUCAGAAGUCCUAUGUUGGCUCAACAAGGCCAAGUUGGAUCUGCAGCUGUGUCUGCGUCCACACCUUUGCAGACAAGUGAGGGUCCGACAGCCGCAGCUUCCGUGCCGUCACCAUGCGCUGCGAGCACAGCACCCGGACAGCGCCCUGUGGUUCCCCCCCAGGCUAACAGGCCACAGCAGGGUCAAGUCAAGCUCACCAUGACACAACUCAUGCAGUUAACUCAGGGAGCUCAGGGAGGAAAUCCUGGUCUGACGGUGAUGAUCCAGGGUCAAGGCCAGACCGAGGGCCAGCUGCAAAUUGUCCCCCAAGGUGUGACGGUGAUCCCGGGUCCAGGUCAGCAGCUCAUGCAGGCGGUGAUGCCCACUGGCCAGGUCCAGCGUUUCCUCUUCACUCCCAUCCCGCCAUCACUGGCAACAUCAGCGCCCACUACGGCCCUCCCUGCACUUCCUGCUUCCGUUCAGAGCCCCCAGACCCAAAUAUCUACUCCCGCUCUGCCCAGAGCCCACGUCCAGACCACGCCUUCCGCCUUGGCCCAGACCCAAAUGACGGCGCCCAUUCCUUCUUCGGCACAGCCCCUCUCCCCUCCGUCUUCUCGACCUGUGUCUUCCUCUCCGGCCUCCGUCCCCGGUCACACGGGGGCUCCGGUCUCCUUCCCCGCACAGGCGGCGGUCCAAACAGUGGCACAGGUCUCGGCUCAGACCUUGUCCCAAACCCAGGUUUCAUCCUCCCUGCCAGUCCAACAGUACACAGCCCACACAAUGAUUCCAUCAAAAGUCCCAGACCAGUUCCUCACGCAGACUACCAUGUCUGCACCCCCAUCCCAGGUCCAAACUUUGACCUCAGCUCCUGUCCAGGUGCACGUCACCGCCCCCGGCCCCGCUUUAGUCCCUCUCUCAGCCAACGUCCAGUUCGCUGCCAGCUCCUCCCAAAUGCAUCUGCCCGCCUCCCUCCCGACCUCGGCGCAAGUCCCCACGUCUCCCCUCGCCCCCGUCUCCGCCCCCGUCAUCGCCGUCGUGUCCAACCAAAUCGGCGUCCUGUCCGCCGCUCAAGCCCUCGCUCAGAUCCAAGCUGCAGCGCCUCGUCCUCUUCACGCCGCCGUGGUCACCGCAGUCACGGCCACCUCCACCACACCCUCAGUACCAGCGCUGAUCGAGCAAAGGACGCUCCAUUCGGUUCCACAAGCCACAGUCCCAAAUCCGCCCGCCCUGGACACAGUACCCACCUCCCAACCCGCAUCAGGUUUCACGCGCUCACCCGUUUCCUCACUGCCUCAAGCAUCUCUUACCUUGCCGUCUCAACAACACCCGGCUGUGGUGUCGAUGCAACAGGUGUCGCAAAUACCGGUCUCUGCGGUGCAGCUCCACAUGAAUGCGCUACCUGUCUCCUCCGUGGUCACCACGGUCAGACACACGGCGCCACCAGCACUUCACCAACUGCAGUCCCAGCCCCAGAACCAGAUCUGUGCACAGAUCCAGGUCCAACGCAUGCAGUCUCAGCCGCAUAUCCAGACCCAGGCACAAAUCCAUCCCCAGAUACGAGUUCAGUUUCAAACACAACCUCCACAACAACCCCAUCAGCUUCCUCCAAUUCAACCCCAGGUGCAGUUCCCCUCCCAAAACCAGACCCAGGUCCAGGUUCAACACCAGGCAAGGGUCCAGCCUCAGUACCAAUCGCAGGUACUUCAAACCCAAGUGCAUACCCAGCCGCACGCGCUGCCUCAGGUUCAGAGUCCGGCUGUAACCCAGUUUCAAAGCCAACUCCACCCCCAGGUUCAGGUCCAGUUCCAGCAACAGAGUCCGAUUCUGCCUCACGCGUCUCAGCAUCCCCCAGUCCAGACUCAUUCCGGAAUCAAGAGUCCGGUACAAACCCAGGCCCAGUUCAAAGUUCAGUCACCGACCCAGGUCCAGGUACAGACUCAACCCCAAGUGCAAGCUCAGGUCCAGGUCCAGUUCCAGUCUCCGAACCGAGGUCACAUUCAGGCCCAGCCUUCCAUCAGACACCAGCUCAUCGCGGUCCCAGGGCUCCAACAGCCGGUCCAACUCUUGUCAGCGCUACCGUCUCACGUCGCCGCCCAGAUCCAGGCCCAAAUCCAGGCCCAGGCGCAGCAGCAAGGCGGUGCGGUUCCCCAGCAGAUCAAACUGCAACUGCCCAUCCAGAUCAAGCAGGCGGGGAGUCCGAUCCAGACCCACCAGAUCCAGAACAUGGUCACCAUACAGGCUCCGACCGCCGUGCAGGACCAGCUCCAGAGGAUCCAGCAGCAGCAACCUUCCCCGCCCAAGAAGAAGAAACCGGCGGAGAUGAGACGGGAGCAGAAAGAUCCCAGUCAGCAGGGAGAUGGUCUUCACAAACAAGUGGGAGCCAAGCCGGGCCUGACCUCGGACUUGCUGAAGCACAGGAAGACUGUGGCUGCUGCCGAACGGGAGGAGAACCAGAGGAUGAUUGUGUGCAACCAGGUGAUGAGGUACAUCCUGGACAAGAUGGAGAAGGACGAGCGUCAGGCGGCCAAGAAGAGGAAGAAGGAGGAGGUGGUGGAGCAGAAACGCUCCAAGCAGAACGCCAGCCGGCUGACGGCGCUGCUGUACAAGCACAAGGAACACCUGAAGGCCGAGAUCCUGAAGAAGAGGGCCCUGCUGGACAAGGACCUCCAGAUGCAAGUCCAGGAGGAACUGAAGCGGGACAUUGCCAGGCUCCAGAAGGAGAAGGAGAAAGCCCGGGCCGCCAUCGCCCAGGCAGCGGCGGCGACCAUCAAGUCGUCCUCGCAUUCCUCCCAAUCCUCCCAAUCCUCGCAUUGCUCCCACGCAGCCGCGCCCCCGUCCUCGUCCCACAAACGCAAGCGGGAAGACGAGCGAGACCGAAACCGAAACCGGGACAGGGAGCGACACCACGACAAGAAGCGGGAGAAGGACAAAGACAAGGACCGGGACCGGUACAGAGACCGGGAAAAGGAGCGAGACCGGGAGAAGGAGAGGGUGAGAUUCCAAGAGCCACCUCGACCCCGGGACAGGGAGAAGGACCGGGACAAGGACAAGGACAGGGAUCCCCUCUCAGCGAAACACAAGAAGAAGAAGAAGCUCUCCUCUACCUCAAAGGACCACAAGAAGGACACCAAGUUGUACUGUAUCUGCAAAACUCCCUACGACGAGUCCAAGUUUUACAUCGGCUGUGACCUGUGCUCCAACUGGUUCCACGGUGCGUGCGUGGGCAUCACGGAGAAGGAAGCCAAGAAGCUGGAGGACUUUGUGUGCAGCGACUGCAAGCGGGGCCAGGAGGGCGGCAGCAAGGAGGAGCUCUACUGCAUCUGCCGGACGCCAUACGACGAGUCACAGUUUUACAUCGGCUGCGAUCGCUGCCAGAACUGGUACCACGGACGUUGCGUGGGCAUCCUGCAGAGCGAGGCCAAUCACAUCGACGUCUACGUGUGCCCGCAGUGCCAGUCCACGGAGGACGCCAUGACCGUCCUCACGCCGCUGACCGACAAAGACUAUGAGGGCUUGAAGAGGAUAUUACGCUCUUUGCAGUCUCACAAGAUGGCGUGGCCUUUCCUUGAACCGGUGGAUUCCCACGAUGCACCUGAUUAUUACCGAGUGAUCAAGGAGCCGAUGGACUUUUCCACCAUGGAAGGCCGUCUGCAAAGGCGCCAUUACCACAAGCUCACCGAGUUUGUGGCCGACGUGACCAAAAUCUUUGACAACUGCCGCUAUUACAACCCCAACGACACGCCCUUCUUCCAGUGUGCGGAGGUGCUGGAGGGUUUCUUCGUACAGAAGCUGAAAUGUUUCAAAGCUAGCAGAUUGUCAGACUCUUAAAGAGCCGGUCUAGCCUGGUCUAGCCUGGUCUGGUCUGGACUGGACGAGUUGACACAUUAGUUCUUCAGGUCCAAGACCAGGAUGUCACAACCACACCUUCUCUUUUAAACGCUUUUUUACCCACACGUCUGUAUUUAUUUCCUCCCUCCCGCCGGGGGAGUCUAGUACACCAUAUUUUAUGACAGAUAUUUAUGACAUUUGGCUCCGCCCCCUACUGUGUACAAUGGUCCAACAUGCACGCUCAUUGCACACACUCAUGUACUGAUCCUCUUCCAGUGUUGCAUCCUGUGUGUCAUCACUUCUUUUAUUUGGCCUAUCCUUCACAAUCAUUAUGAGACAAAAAAGUUUAUGCUGACAUGUAAAAAAUGUCUCCUUUUAGGUGGCUAGCAAUGCAGCUAAUGUUAGCAAUCAAUGCUACCUCUAAAACACUUUAAAAAUGCAUCCAAAAAGCGUCAACAAUACUUCUUUUACGUUGUGUAACAUGUCUAAUGACCCAGCUGUAGCAACGUUGUUAACCAACACUGAGCAACUCUUUUUCUACGCUAACACGUCGGUGUGCUACGGUAUUAGCCGUAAAAGCUAACUACGGAACGAGAUAAGCUAGCUUGAGUUUGUAAUGAUCAACACAAUGUGAUAGGAGAGCAAUCUGUACUGACUGAAAAACAUGAAUAUUACAGUAUCUGUAAAGUAUUAUUUCAUGUUUUGUUUGUGUACAGCUAGCCAGACAGAGUGCUGCAUGUAUCAUGUUUAACAUUAUUUAGUGACUCACUGGAUGGACAGUUGUUUGUUUGGUUUAGCUGGCCGGGGACAUUUUCCCCCCCGGUUUAUUUGGGCAAGCACUCCAUUUAUGUCCAAAUAGCUAAGCUCCAAAUUCCAUAUUUCGCCGCGGUGAGUCACUUUCACCGCACUCUCUCUGACUUCCGUCUGCUCCAACAUCUCACUCUUCCUUCGCGUACAAUACCGAGUCCGCCAUGAUUAGAAAACGCUUGCAUUAGUUUGCGGAAGUCGGAACACACAUUUGGAAUUUGGAAAUGGAAAUACAUGCAUGGAGGAAUUGAAUGGAAAUUACUUCAUUGAUGCCUGGAGGGGAAUUUUAGCACCACAGUUUGCUCACAAUAGAAAAUAAACACUUAAGUAUUUUUUACAUGUGAAUAAUACAAAUACAGUCUAUUAUACAGCAUUAUUCACAUGUGAAUAACAUAAAUACAGUCUAUUAUACAGCAUUAUUCACAUGUGAAUAACAUAAAUACAGUCUAUUAUACAGCAUUAUCCACAUGUGAUAAUCUACAUACAGUCUAUUACACAUUAUUCACAUGUGAAUAACUUAAAUACGGUCUAUUAUACAGCAUUAUUCACAUGUGAAUAAUAUAAAUACAGUCUCUGAUACAGCAUUGUUCACAUGUGAAUAACAUAAAUACAGUCUAUUAUACAGCAUUAUUCACAUGUGAGUAAUCUACAUAUAUACAGUAUUAUACAGCAUUAUUCACAUGUGAAUAACAUAAAUACAGUCUAUUAUACAGCAUUAUUCACAUGUGAUGUGAAUAAUGCUGUAUAAUAGACUGUAUUUAUAUUAUUCACAUGUGAAUAACAGUCUAUCAUACAGCAUUAUUCACAUGUGAAUAACAUAAAUACAGUAUUAUUUUACAGCAUUGUUCACAUGUGAAUAAUAUAAAUACAGUUUAAUAUAAAGCAUUAUUCACAUGUGGAUAAUAUACAUACAGUCUAUUAUACAGCAUUAUUCACAUGUGAAUAACAUAAAUACAGUCUAUUAUACAGCAUUAUUCACAUGUGAAUAACAUAAAUACAGUCUAUUAUACAUCAUUAUCCACAUGUGAGUAAUCUACAUACAAUCUAUUACACAUCAUUAUUCACAUGUGAAUAACUUAAAUACGGUCUAUUAUACAGCAUUAUUCAAAUGUGAAUAACAUCAAUACAGUCUAUUAUACAGUAUUAUUCACAUGUGAGUAAUCUACAUAAAUACAGUCUAUUAUACUGCAUUAGUCACAUGUGAAUGAUAUAAAUACAGUCUGUUAUACAGCAUUAUUCACAUGUGAGUAAUCUACAUAAAUACAGUAUUAUACAGCAUUAUUCACAUGUGAAUAACAUAAAUACAGCAUUAUUAUACAGCAUUGUUCACAUGUGAAUAAUAUAAAUACAGUCUAAUAUAAAACAUUAUUCACAUGUGAAAAAUUUACAUAGUCUAUUAUACAGAAUUAUUCACACGUGAAUACCAUAAAUACAGUCUAUUAUACAGCAUUAUUCACAUGUGAAUAAUGCUGUAUAAUAGACUGUAUUUAUAUUAUUCACAUGUGAAUAACAGUCUAUUAUACAGCAUUAUUCACAUGUGAAUAAUAUAAAUACAGUCUAUUAUACAGCAUUAUUUACAUGUGAAUAACAUAAAUACAGUCUAUUAUACAGCAUUAUUCACAUGUGAGUCAUCUACAUAAAUACAGUCUUAUACAGCAUUAUUCACAUGUGAAUAACAUAAAUACAGUCUCUGAUACAGCAUUGUUCACAUGUGAAUAACAUAAAUACAGUCUAUUAUACAGCAUUAUUCACAUGUGAGUCAUCUACAUAAAUACAGUCUUAUACAGCAUUAUUCACAUGUGAAUAACAUAAAUACAGUAUUAUUAUACAGCAUUGUUCACAUGUGAAUAAUAUAAAUACAGUCUAAUAUAAAGCAUUAUUCACAUGUGAAUAAUUUACAUACAGUCUAUUAUUCAGCAUUAUUCACAUGUGAAUAAUGCUGAAUAAUAGGCUGUAUUUAUAUUAUUCACAUGUGAAUAACAGUCUAUUAUACAGCAUUAUUCACAUGUGAAUAAUGCUGUAUAAUAGACUGUAGGGCGGUUUAGCUCGGUUGGUAGAGUGGCCGUGCCAGAAACUGUGAGGGUUGCAGGUUCGAUUCCCGCUUCUGCCAUCCUAAUCGCUGCCGUUGUGUCCUUGGGCAAGACACUUUACCCACCUGCUCCCAGUGCCACCCACACUGGUUUGAAUGUAACUUAGAUAUUGGGUUUCACUAUGUAAAGCGCUUUGAGUCACUAGAGAAAAAGCGCUAUAUAAAUAUAAUUCACUUCACUAUAUUAUUCACAUGUGAAUAACAGUCUAUUAUACAGCAUUAUUCACAUGUAAAUAAUAUAAAUAGUUUAUUAUACAGCAUUAUUCACAUGUGACUAAUAUAAAUACAGUCUAUUAUACAGCAUUAUUCACAUGUGAAUAAUGCUGUAUAAUAGACUGUAUUUAUAUUAUUCACAUGUGAAUAACAGUCAAUUAUACAGCAUUAUUCACAUGUGAAUAAUGCUGUAUAAUAAACUGUAUUUAUAUUAUUCACAUGUGAAUAACAGUCAAUUAUACAGCAUUAUUCACAUGUGAAUAAUAUAAAUAGUCUAUUAUACAGCAUUAUUCAACUGUGAAUAACAUACAUAGUCUAUUAUACAGCAUUAUUCACAUGUGAAUAAUAUAAAUAGUCUAUUAUACAGCAUGAUCUACAUGUGAAUAACAUAAAUACAGUCUAUUAUACAGCAUUAUUCACAUGUGAAUAAUAUAAAUACAGUCUACUAUCCAGCAUUAUUCACAUGAGAAUAACAUAAAUACAGUCUAUUAUACAGCAUUAUUCACAUGUGAAUAAUAUAAAUACAGUCUAUUAUAUAGCAUUAUUCACAUGUGAAUAACAUAAAUGCAAUCUAUUAUACAGCAUUAUUCACAUGUGAAUAAUAUAACAUAAAUAGUCUAUUUUAUAGCAUUAUUCACAUGUGAAUAACAUAAAUACAAUCUAUUAUACAGCAUUAUUCACAUGUGAAUAAUAUAACAUAAAUAAAGACUAUUAUACAGCAUUAUUCACAUGUGAAUAACAAAUACAGUCUUAUUAGUCAGGUAGUUUGGUAGUAGGAUGUCAGGUAAAGUAAUGAAUAAAGAGUAAAUAUUAAACAUAUUGUUAUGAAGGUGUCUGAUACUACUUAUAUAUAUAUAUAUAUAAAUAUAUAUAUAUAUACAUAUAAAAUAUUGAUGGAGAGUUUUGAAGUGGUUUUAGAGGGUUUUUUUCCGAGCGAUUUUAAAAUCCUAAUAAAAAGAAAAUAAUGUUUUCUUGUCUCUCAUAAUGAUUGUGAGUGAGAGGCAACCCCCCCCCCUCCCCCCUCCCUAAAAAAAGGUGCAGUUCCCCUUGAAGUAAGUUGUGAAGGCCUCCUAACUUGCCCUCUCUCCACACUUCAGGUCUCAUAGCAACAAGCUGCAGUCUUCUACUUCUUCAGCCUCUUAGAAAGCGCAACCAAACGCACUUGCCGCCACAUUUGGCUUCUGUCACACCUCUUUGGGACCUUCUCCUCCUUUUACACCGCACCCCUUUUUCUUUUUGUACCCGCCUUGCAAGUGUACAGAGGAGGCAUUUCACAAGAAACUUUACCUCGGAGGAAGGACUCAAGGAGCUUUUUUUUCUUCUUCUUCUUCUUCUUCUUCUUCUCUCGUUAAGAUUCCCGCUGGCCGUCCUCGCGGCGGCCGUGUUUAACGAGGAGUGGAAUAUAUAAUGGCUGAGUUUUACUGAGCACACCUUGAAACGUCUACAUUCACAGUGGAACAUCUUUCUUUUUUUUUUUUCUUCUUGUUUUUUUUGUCGACGCCCACUUCUACGCGGCGUGGGAGUGGGCGUGGCAGGACGUGUACAGCCCUAGAUGCUCGUUAGGCCGUGUGAAAACUGCUCUGCAAUAGUGACCCACUUGAGUGACAAAUCUGUGUUUGAAAGUUCCGGCUCUGUUUGUAAAAAAUUGUCAGUUUUGGACUUGAGUUUUUUUGUAUUGCAGUCAAAGAAAUGAUGGAUGUAUAUGGAACUUAAUAAAAUGCAGAAGUCUU